AUGGCACUAAUCCAGACUCAAUCCCAGUUAUUUGGGACAGCACUGGACUGGGGAAUUAGUCACAACAGCUUGGAACAGCCACUGGCCGGCCAGAACACCGUGAAGUCAGGCGACGGACCCAGUUCCGUCAAAGCCUUUGUUUGUCUAUCCAACUCGAUCUCUCCGUUCAUCACCUUGACCGACCCCCAAUGGCCGACCUACGCGACGACCUUCAACGAGCGCCUGCAAUACAUCCCCGCCGCGAUCACCAUCCCCAACACCACCGAGCAGAUCAGGGCCGCAGUCAGCUGCGCAAGUAAAUAUGGCAUUCCUGUCCAAGCCAAGUCGGGAGGGCAUUCCUGCGCAUCAUAUAGCACCGGCGGCCACAACGGGAUCUUGAUAAUCGAUCUCGAGAAGUUUAACUCCGUCUCGCUAGAUUACAGAACUGGGAUAGCUGCUGUUGGGGGAGGUCUGAGGUUGGGGAACCUGGCGCAGGGUAUAUGGGACCAAGGACGUCGAGCCUUGGGGCACGGCACUUGUCCUGGUGUAGGAAUUGGUGGACACUUCACACAUGGCGGGUACGGGUAUUCAUCACGCGCGUUUGGUCUGGCGUUGGAGCAGAUUAUCUGGCUGGAUGUAGUGUUGGCGAAUGGGAGUUUUGUCAAGAUUGAGAAUGAGACGUUGGGUGAUGUUUACUAUGCACUCCGAGGAGCAGCAGACUCGUUUGGGAUUGUCACCACAUUCUACCUUCAAACUUCAACGGCUCCCGAAGUCGUUAUUAAAUUUUCGCAUUCCUUCCCCCAAGCUCUUGGAUUAAUCGAAAAUGCAACGGUUGUUUUUAUGGGGGUGCAGAACUUCUCGUUGUACUCGCCAGUUGUCGAUCGUAACCUAGGCCUCGCAGUCACACUAGGCGGCAAUGCAACCUCGUACACUGUGCACGGAACUUGGUUCGGUUCGGUCGAGUCCUUCAACAAGACGAUUGCACCCGCCUUGUUGGAGGCGCUCCCUGUUCCGCCUGCUCUUAACGAGAGUUCCGUUGAACCAGCCGACUGGAUCACAUCUCUGACCAUGCUUGGCGGGGAAGGGAACUCGACGGUGCCCUUGCAUGGGUUUUUGCAGCAGGACAACUUCUAUGCCAAGUCUGUUUCGACAAAUGUCUCGUUUGCGGAGGAGCCGAUACGAAAGUUUUUCGAGUACGCGUACAGUGCCGGACGGGGCCUAAAUGUGCCAAUCUCGUGGUUUAGCAUCAUCCAUCUGUAUGGUGGUCCCGACAGUCAGAUUGGCGCUGAGGGAAAGAAUGGGAGCUGGGCGGCUUAUUCGGGGUUUGACGAUCUGUGGGUGGUGCAGAAUUAUGGCAACGUACCUCUUGACCAGAAUUUCCCCCAGCGCGGUAUUCAGUUUCUAGACGGACUGAACGACGCCAUGACCAGUGCCAUGAACCGGUCGUAUAACGCCUGUCUCAACUACAUCGACCCUGAAUUGGAUACGGACGAGGCGUGGCAUCUCUACUAUGGGAAACCACUGUUUGAAAGACUCAAGUCGCUUAAAAGAGACCUCGAUCCUGGAGAUAUCUUCUGGAAUCCGCAGAGCAUCCCUGUCUGGAAUGACACCUGGGUUCUGUAG